CAAUAGCUUCUAGCUGUUACGAUUGGUUGAUCGUGCUGACGUCAUCAGUCAUUGAUGCAGACAACACUUGUAUAAAUGCGCUACUGUUAGCACGCACUACAUUACAGAAUAUAAUUGUCGACAUGGCUGCUAAAUAUAGUCUUGUUGGUGGUACAUUAAUCAAUAUCCUUAUUCUGAGCUUUACAAUUCAGCUUGUAUUCGUCGGAGUUUCGGAAGGCAGACAAGGCUGCCCAGCCAAUUCAGUGAAAGAAGUCAUAUGUUCGUCGUGUUUCAAGCUGCCAAAAACUUUGCAACCACUUGUAUCAAAGUGUUGCAUCCAGCCUCAAGCGCUCAUGCUUUGUGAAAAAUGUCUGAGAGACAACGAUCAUUGUCAAGGGGAAGUGAUGGAGCUCUUGAAGCUCUACAUACGAAGUGGUAAUGUUGUACUUAAUCGAAACGACGGCUUAGCUGUCUCACCAGAGAGUGCGUUUGCCAAUCGUUACCGAUACAUGUUAUUGAAGAAAGACUACGAGCCUACAACAUCAACAAUGUCGGCAGAUUACGAAAGGUCUUUACUGCCGGAAUUUCUAAGACAGUAUAAAGCAUUCCAGUUAGAAAGGCGAUUAGACAAGUUGGUCUCAAAAAGAGAAGCUGAACAAAUGGUUGCGGCUCCAGCUGUUGAUGAAAGGAAACGAUCGGGAAGAGUAUUCACGAGCAGAUUUCGAAAUCGUUACAGUGGUUAUUUGUCUCCAACAGUAACAAGAUUGGAACCAUCUGGAAAAAUUCAUUUGUCAGAUCUUGAAAAAUAGAUGUUACUACACUUUGAAAUCUACCAUCUUAAAGUCUAAAAUGGUUUCUCAUUCGUCAAGAUAUUUCAAACUCACAAUUGUUUCAAACAAAUUAAGAUGUGCUCUCUCUCUCUCUCUCUCUCUGUAUAUAUAUAUAUAUAUAUAUAUAUAUGUAUAUAUAUAGUCUAAAGAUAGCUUAAUGCUUCAGAUUCAUUCAGUCGUUUAUUUAUAUUUAUUAUCUAUUAAUAAUACUACCGACAGAUUCUACGAAUGGAUUUAUUCUUUCUCUUUCACGAGAAAUUUGUCUUUACUUAUAACAUCUAUAACUUGAUGAUUACUUCUAUUGCAACAGCUCAUUCAGUAGACGACUAUUAUCAGUUAAUUCAACAUUCAGCUGGAUUUACCAAUGAAAAGAUAUUUAUUAUUUCGAUAAAAUAAAUAUCGGAAUCUAUUCAGUUAACUCUAGCCUUUCCCCAUGAUCAAUAGACCCUCCAUAUAAUGAGAAAAAAUAAUCAAUAUUUAUUAUGUUCAUAAUUUCCAUCAAGAAACCACGAAACAGUGAUUACUUUUUUGCUAAGUUGAAUAACAGACGGAAAUGGUUGACGAAAAUGUCCUCUCAGCUACACAUAUGGACACACUGCAUUACACUUAGUUAAUUUAGUUAGAACACUUUUUAAAAACAGACAGUCAUUGCCAUCUUGAUAUAAACGGAUUCUUUCUUUAUCUUUUUCAUAUUCCGGUUCUAGUUGACUGUGUGCUGAUUAUUUAUUUACAAAUUUAUGUAUUUUCAAAUGAAAAUAACGAUACGAUCAAUGGCCAAACAAAUAUAACUAUAAGAAUAAAACAAUGGCAUCAUUAUUUAUCGUUUUUACUUACUUGUAAUUUCAAAUGAAAUAAAGUAUUCCAGUCUUAAUGAACUGGAUAUUGUUUGUGAUCCAUGAA